AUGAUAGUAGACAUUGUUUAUGUGUCCAGUGAUGAUGAGGAGGUAGUUGUCACGGAAGAACCCAAUGUUCAUGGAAAAGGUGUUCAUGUGAAGGCAGAAUUUUUUGACUUGACUAGUGACAAUGACAUUUUUGAAGGAGGUCAUAUUGCUUACGAACAAGGAGGGUCUGCUCAGGGCACAUCAUUUCUUAAACAAGAGUUCACUGUAGACGAUGGACACGCGGAAGCUGCCCAGUGCACGGUAACAUUACAGAUGCAAAAUCUUGGAGCAGGUGGUGGACAAGGCGAUGCUUCUCAGUUCACAGAGACACUACAGGUGCAAAAACUUAGAGCAGAUGAUGGUCAAAGUGAUGCUGUCCACUCUACAGGAACACUACUGAUGCAAGAACUUAAAACAGAUGGUGGACAACGCGAUGCUGCCCAGUGCACAGCAAGUCUACAUAUUCAAGAACUUAGAGCAGAUGAUGUACAAGGUGAUGCUGCCCAGUGCGUAACAACAUUACAGAUGCAAGAACUUUCUGCCGAUGAUGGACAAGGUGAUGCUGUCCAGUGCAUUACAUUACAGAAGAGGCAAGAACCUAGAGCAACAUUACAGACACAAAAACAUGAUGGACAAGGUGAUGCUGCCUGGUUCACACCAACAUUACAGAGGCAAGAACAUACUGCAGACAAUGAACAAGGUGACACUGUCCAGUGCACAACAACACAACAGAGGCAGGAAUCUAUUGCAGAUGACACACAAGGUGAUUUUCCUCACUGCACAACAGCACUGCAGUGGCAGGGAUCUCAUAAAGCUCAGUGCACAACAACAUUACUAAGGCAGGAGUUUCUAGCAGCAGGUGGUAGCAUGCAAGAGGCUGCGCUGUUGAGAAAUUCAGCUGAAGCUACCACAUCCUUGACAAGUACACAAGGGAGACACAUGAUAACUGGAUUGUUCAAUGUGUCUACUGCAACACCAUUUCCCCGGCAAUUUUGGAAAGCUGGAGAAAAAGCUGGAGAUUAUGGAUCAGUUUCUCAAGCUGCUCUGAACAAUGGCCACAACCGCUUACAGAUUCACCCCAAGUUUCUUCAUUCUAAUGCUACUUCACAUAAAUGGCCAUUUGGUGCUAUUGCAGAGCUGCUUGACAACGCAAUUGAUGAGGUGAGCAAUGGGGCAACCUUUGUGAAGAUAGACAAGAUGAAGCAUUCUCCUGAUGGAGAUUAUUCGUUGGUAAUAGAAGACAAUGGAGGCGGCAUGAGUCCAAAAUCUCUUCGACACUGUAUGAGCUUUGGAUUCUCCCAGAAAUGUACAACUUCAUCCAUUGGGCAAUAUGGAAAUGGCUUCAAAACUAGCACGAUGAGGCUUGGGGCAGAUGCUAUUGUAUUCACAUGCACGAAAGAUGAUAGGAGAUUGACACGAAGUAUUGGGUUGCUGUCUUACACAUUCCUUAUGAGAAGUAACUGCAGUGACAUAUUUGUACCAGCGGUUGACUAUGAAUUGGAUGCCUCAUCUUCAACUUUCAAGAGGAAAAUGAACUGCGGUGAAAAACAUUUUCUAUCUAAUCUGUCCACUCUUUUGAAGUGGUGUCCAUUUUCAACAGAAGAUGAACUAUUGAAUCAAUUCAGCGAUAUGGAGUGCCAUGGCACAAAAAUCUUUGUAUUCAACUUGUGGUUAAAUGAUGCAUUGGAAAUGGAGCUUGACUUUAUAACUGAUAAAGAGGAUAUUUUGAUCUCAGGAGCACCGGAGAUACGAGCAGGGUGGAAUACAGUUGAAAGCUUGACACAGAUGCAUGUAGCAAAUCGUUUCCGAUAUUCGCUUCGGGUUUAUGCAUCUAUGCUAUACCUGCAUGUACCUGAAAACUUUCAAAUCAUCUUGUGUGGACGAGCUGUUGAACCACAUUAUGUCGCCAAUGAUCUCAUAUACCGUGAAUGUAUCAAAUAUCGACCACAGGUUGAAGUAACCACAGAGGUUGAUGUCAUUACUACAAUUGGCUUCUUAAAAGGUGCUCCACGACUUGAUAUCUAUGGAUUUAGUGUCUACCAUAAGAACCGUCUUAUACUGCCCUAUUGGUGUGCAGGCUCAUGUAGUGGACGUAGAAGAGGCAUUGCUGGGGUUUUGGAGGCAAACUUCAUAAGACCUACACAUGAUAAGCAAGAUUUUGAGAGGACAGGACUUUUCCAGAGACUUGAGAUACGAUUGAAAGACAUGGCAAAAGAGUAUUGGACUUACCAUUGCCAUAUGGUUGGUUACAAUCCGGUCAUGAAAAGGCCUCCUCCAGCACAUUAUGUAUCAACUACUGCUGAAAACAGUGAUGAUAACUUAGCAGCUCAAUCUACCACAAACACUUAUGGUUACAAUUCAAGAGCCAGGGUAUCUGUAGGAUUGCACCCUUGUUCAAAUGGAUAUAACGCACAAGAUCCUAUGCAUGCUGAUGUUGGUACCUCAUUUGAUCAAAUGAGAUAUGAUGCAUGCCCUUCAAUGACCAUAAAUGUGGGGACAACAUUACAUUCACUAAGAUAUGCACCCCAACAAUCUCAAGCUGAACUAUGCAAACAAAGAAAGUCUUCUUCAGAGAUUCACUGGAGAUCUAAAAAAAGGCGGAACACCAAUGUUUAUUUUGAUAAACCUGAAAGCGAUAUUGGCACAGAGAUGGCAGAGUUCAGAGUUGUACUUGAUUCGAAUACCAUGCUAAAGGCUGAGUGUUCUGAACUUGAGGAAGCAGGAAAGCAGCUGGCCUCUAAGGCAGAUAAAUUGAGGAAGGAACUUGAUGUGUGGCGGCGGAUGUACCAGGGCCUAAGUGGCGAAUUGCGAUUUGAUGGCCUUGAAGGGUUGCGCCGCAGUCGCCACUGCAGCAGCUCCAGCAUUGGGUUCAUAUGA